AUGACUCGAAGAGAAAAGGCGAUGCACUCGUCUCGCUUCACCGGAAACAAUAGGUUCGCGAUGGCGCACUGAUUGGCGCGUUGAUUGACGUUCCGUGUGUAUCAGCCACAAAGCUUGUGCUUUUUGCUUCCUUUCUCUUUAUCUCUUUCUAACUAAAACCUUGAACCAUUCAUUAGAAAAAGAUAAAGAAUAAGAAAUAGGAAACGAAGAGCACAUUGUAGAUCGGACUUAAGAGUUCGCGAGUUCACUAGCGGAAUAACAAUCGUACACGUGUGUUCCACGCGUGCUGCGGCGAUGAAUGAAUGAGGUAAAAGGGGAACGAUGAGUCGUGCUCGAUUUGCCCUUUUAUUGUCAUUCUAGAUCCGCACGUGUUUCCGCACGCGAAUCCGCAUGCAUCAAUAUUCAGGGAUCCGUAUGAUGCGUUCAAGUUUCGCAAUAAACGCACAACAGCAUGGAAGAGAAGCCAACACUCACGAGAAAGAGACUGAAUUACGAAAACAAGGUCAUCCUGGCGCCGAUGGUGCGAAUCGGUACGCUUCCGAUGCGUCUACUUGCUUUGGAUUAUGGCGCGGAUAUAGUUUACACCGAGGAACUGAUCGAUUGGAAGUUGCUUCGUUCGAUCCGUCGAGAAAACGAUGUCCUAGGCACUAUCGAUUAUAUCGACAAAACGGAUGGCACUGUAGCGUUUCGUACUUGUCCACGCGAACGAGACAAUGUGGUGCUCCAGAUCGGUACCUCAGAUCCAGCAAGGGCGGCCCAGGUCGCCAGUAUGGUGGAAAAGGACGUUGCCGGCAUCGACGUUAAUAUGGGCUGCCCCAAGAAAUUCUCCAUACUUGGCAGAAUGGGCGCUGCUCUUCUCACCGAGCCGCAGCGAGCGACCAGUAUCUUGCGGAAGCUGAUCGAAACUGUGUCUAUACCGGUCACUUGUAAGAUACGCGUUCUCCCCAAUCUGGAGGCGACUCUUCAGCUUUGUGACAACCUCACCUCCACCGGUAUCGAGGCCAUCGCCGUGCACGGUCGCACGGUCGACGAGAGGCCGCAACACUCGAAUCGCAACCAUGUUCUCAAACAGAUCUCCGAUAGACUGCCGAUACCGGUUAUCGCGAAUGGCGGAUCCAAAGAUAUACAAAAUCAUUCUGAUAUAUUGAGGUUCAAAGAAGAAACGGGUUGCAGUAGUGUGAUGCUAGCUCGCGCAGCCGAAUGGAACUGCUCGGUAUUUCGUAAGGAAGGUCCGCUCCCAAUGGAGGAUGUGAUAAAAUCAUAUUUAAAGUACGCUGUCGAUUGCGACAAUUCGCCUUCUAAUACGAAAUAUUGUGUACAGAAUAUAUUGAGGGAGCUGCAGGAUUCUCCUUUGGGCAGAAAGUUUCUCGACGCGCAAACGUUAGAACAAAUAUGUGAGUUGUGGGGCCUGGGUGAUUAUUGCCGAUCUAAAAGGAAAGAGUUCCAAGAUAAAGGCUUAUUGGGCCGAUUUCAAGUAACGCCAGUAACGUUCGACGAGGAUACGAAGGACGAUUGCAUUUCUCAGAAGAGAAAAAUUCACGAAGAGGAGGACGUCGCUCUGAUGCGUUGUGCCUUUUUGAGAAGCAAUUACACGACAGAUUCGGAGCUGCCAAAGACCAGAUUACUCAAGUGGACCAAGGAGCAUCGUAAAAAAAUGCCAGUAUACGACACUCAACAAAACGGCAAACUUUUCUGUUCUGUAGUUACCGUCGAUGGCAGGAAAUACGGUUCUUCUUUUUGGGAGAAGAAUAAAAAAUGGGCUGAACAAGGUGCCGCUUUGGUAGGUCUGCAUUUUCUAGGAAUUAUCGACGAAAAUAGCCUUACUGUUGGCGGUAACGUUCUUUCGUGAUGAUAUCCGAUUUAUUCGACUUUUCUACGAUGUUGACGAAUACUCAAUGCAAACAUCGCAAUAUACAUAUAUGUAAAUAUCAUUUUUAACAAAUAAAUAGUUUUUGUUUGUACUUAA